AUGGCCCCGGCCCGCCGCCCCGCCGGGGCCCGCUUGCUGCUCGCCUGCGCCGGGCUGCUGGCCGCCGCCGCGGGCCUCGGGUCCCCGGAGCCCCGCGCACCCGCAGGGGGUCGCGCCCUCGAGGAGCCGCCGCCCGCAAACGAGCUGCCCACGGGCCCCGCGGACGGCCGUGCGGAGCCGCCCGCCCGCGCGCCGGAGCCCCCUGGCGAGCAGGCGCGCGGCGUGGACCCCCGGGACGCCUGGAUGCUGUUCGUCAGGCAGAGUGACAAGGGUGUCAACAGCAAGAGGAGCAGCAGGGGCAAGGCCAGGAAGCUCAAGCUUGGCCUGCCAGGGCCCCCCGGGCCUCCCGGCCCCCGAGGGCUCCCAGGCCCCAUCAUCCCGGGGGAGGCACUGCUGAGGGAGCUACAGCUGCUGCUGAAAGGCGCGGUUCUGCAGCCUUGCCCACGCAGCCCUGGAGGGCCAGCAGCCGCGAGCCCAGCACCGGUCCCUGGCGGCCCUGAGGACGACGAGGACGACAGCGACGGCGAGGCGGGGGGCGUGCUGGCGCUGCUGGCCGCGCCCCUGGCCCUGGGCCCGCGGACGCCGCGCGUGGAGGCCGCCUUCCACUGCCGCCUGCGCCGGGACGCGGCGGUGGAGCGGCGCGCGCUACACGAGCUCGGCGCCUACUACCUGCCCAACGCCGAGGGCUCCUUUCGGCGCGGCCUGGGCCUGAACCUGACCAGCGGCCAGUACACGGCGCCCGUGGCCGGCUUCUACGCGCUCGCCGCCACGCUGCACGUGGCGCUCGCCGAGCCGCUGAGGCGGGGGGCGCCGCGGCCCCGCGACCGCCUGCGCCUGCUCAUCUGCAUUGAGUCCCGGUGCCAGAGCAACACCGCCCUGGAGGCUGUCGCGGGCUUGGACAGCAGCAGCGAGCUCUUCACCAUCUCGGUAAACGGCAUCCUGUAUCUGCAGAAAGGACAGCACACCUCUGUGUUCCUGGACAACGCCAGCGGCUCCCUGCUCACGGUGCGCAGCGGCUCCCACUUCAGUGCCGUCCUCCUGGGCGUGUGAACGGCGCCACAGGCCCCUGCCUCCUGCCCAGCAAACAGAGCGGGGGUCCGAGCGACGGCUAGAUGGCGUUAGAGGCCACGUGCAGGAGUGAACCGCCUGGAAACAGCUACACCGGCCACGGCAGCUGAGCCCUGCGACGGCGGCUACGGCCUGUGGAGGAGACAGCGAGCCGGCAGCCCCAGAGCAGAGUCGUGCACCCUGGAGAAGAGGAGCGCUGUGCUCGGAGCACCUGCUGUGUCCCCAGCUGCAGACCUGGCUCCCCCCAGCCUGGGGACAGCUCCCAGAGAGCCUCCGCUCCCUCUGCAGUCCAGUGUCCAGGGACGCAUCCUGCAGGUGAGCCGCACCUCCCCAAGCAACAGCCUGGCCUGCCUGGGCUCCUGGGGAACCGGAGCCCUUCGCCGUGAACCCUUGGCACACAGCCUCAGGGACCAGAGGAACCCUGGACGCGGCUGGGGGGCAGACACCAAGACUGGACCUGGCUCCCAUCUCCAGCGCAUGCAAGACCAACUCGGCACGCUCACCUGGCACAGGCCUUUCCCAGGUGGGAGCCGCUCUGCCCCUCCUCGGUAAAUCCUGUCGCAGACAAGGCCCUCAGCUCCCCAGAGCCCUCUCAGAGUCCGCCUCACUCUGGGCCUGUCCACUGGAAAGAGCCGAGCUGUCCCUGUGGAUGGGGUCGGCAGCCUGCUGACCAGCUCCUACUGCACGGGCAGGACAGCCUGGCUGGGCCCAGCACGCUCGGGCUGCUUCCUCCCCACCCAGGCGGCCGUGUGGCUCUGAGCUUGGUCAGUGAAGGGACGUGGGGGCGGGCAGAGCUGUCAGCCUGGACCCCCCCAGAUUUUCCCCGAGUAGGCAGGGACAAGGACACACACCCGGCCCACACCAAAUGGACGGCCGGGAGCUGGGGAGGCAGGGCCUCCCGGGGACCAGGCUUGGGAGAGGCCCCCACCCUUGGUUCCAUCCAGAACCAAGCAUCUCCCAGCCAAGGGCAUCCAUAAACUGACCACUCUACACCCUCUGGGCAGGCCUGGCAGGUUCUCGGAACUUGUUCCCACCCUGCCUGGAAGCCGUGGGCUAGCCCAAGUCCUGGCCCAGGUCCUGCCUCCCCGUGCACCUCGAUAAGGGGUGCUGUGGCCACUCCCUUCUCUGGAUUUCACUUUGUAGCCAGCGGGCAGAUAGUCAGAGAAGUUAUCUUUACUCUGUUAGAAGCCACAUACCCACAUAUCUCCUUUUUCUCAACUAAGUGUUAAAUGGCAACUGACCGAGGUGGUCCCUGGGUGCUGCUGCGGGGGGACAUGUGCAGAGCUGACAUAGGCAGCUUAGGGCUGUGUCACGGGACGGCACAAAGUCAGCGUUCACGGGGCAGACGCUCUCCUCGGCCCAGGUCCCCUGUGGGCAGGGAGGUCUUGCGGACACUCCUUGAGCCCCCUGGAGGUGACAGGGACCUCCCUGGCGCUCGGGGACGUGAGUCACAGCCUCGCGUGCAGGCCGACCCGGGUUUGCUACAGGCACUGGCUAAAUAAACUGUCACAUCCCGAUUCCGAGGGGCUGAGUCACUUCUCUUGGUGGAUGCCACAUGGAGGCAGAGGUGGGUGCGUGGCUUCUAACAGCCCUGGCGGGGGCCGCACCAACCUCCCUUUGUUCCCCUUUUCUCCCGGCUUCACACAGUAGGCCCAGAAGGAGGCAGGUCUGCACGCGUGUUUUCCACCACGGUGCUGGCAGCCUGGACCCCAGCGCCACCAACUGGGCGGCCCGGUGAUAAGACCGCGGGCAUGUGUGUGUGCGCCCGUGUUGGGCAAGGGCCAGUGAACAUUACAGAACGGAUUCCGUGAAGGCAACUUUUGAGAAUCUUACAUCAUCCUUAGGCAGACAGUUAUGCAGACGGACCUGGGGCCGCUUUACCGAGACGGCGACAGCAGGCAUGGCUGACGCGCGCGAGCGCUCACGUGCAGAGGUGUCCGAGGCGUCUCCCCAGCAGGCCGGCCGCGCGCUCCUCUGGGCACCACCCCCAGAAGGGCCCCCGUGAACACCCUCCCUGCGGCAGGAAGCCAGCUGCCGCACACCCCCAAAGCAGGAAGCAGGACCUCGGCGGCCUUGUGGCCGGCAGCCGGCACUUGGCCCAGGAGGCGCUUGCCUUCCAGCCAGGGCCCGGAGCCGACAGCUGACCCUAUCACCCCAGCCCUUCACCGUUUCCCGUGGAGGUGCAUGCUGUUAGCUGCUCACCCAUGGGUGGGUCUGCUGGCCGGCCUGGGCCCUGUCGUGCGACGUCGCCAACAGUGUGUGUGUGAAGACGGAAGGGGAGCACAAGGUCCCCAAAACCCUGGGUGAGGCCCCAGCCUCGUCCCUGGCGACGUCAGCCUGGCCUCCUUUCCGCGGCCCGUCAGAGGGCUGUGGAAGCACAGGCCGCUCCGCCCACAGCACACAGGCCCAGCAGCGGUGUGCGUCCCGCCCAGGCGCCCGCACGGCCUCCAGGAGGCAAGGCCAGAGCAGCCUCGGAAGCAGACACAUCCGACCUCGGAAUCCUCGCUCCUCACAGCACAGGCAGGGGAUUCACAGGACUAGGGAG